UAUAACCUAUUUCAAUGAUGUUGUUAUUCUAUACAGUGUUGUCUGUCCAUAAUGUCAUGUUCCACACACAGCAGGUUCCCUGUUGUAAUGUUGUUAUGGUUUCUAUUGCCUACAUUAAGUUGACAGUUGGUGCCAGUACUGAGCAGCCUACCUUUUCAGGUUCUGCUACUACACGGUCACUCUAUACAUACACCUGUCUUUUCCUAUGGUUUUCUACUCCCUUUGUUGUGAUGAGCACAACAAAGUGUGUCCUAGCUGUUUUCCUUGUUUCCUUGUCUCCUUCUCCACUGCAGUGUAACUCAUUGUUUUGUCUUCUUCUUUCAGAUGACACGUCAUCAGGCAGUAGGUACCAGGACAGUAACAUGCAGAACGUGGUACAUGACCUCACCAGUUACCUGGAACAGCGGCUGGACCCCGGAGGAGACAACAAGCUUCUAUUCUAUGACUUGUGCACCAUCAUCAAAACAGCCACGAAAGCAGACGGAUUUGCACUUUACCACUUGGGAGAAUGCAACAAUAGCUUGUGUUUGUUUAAACCGGCGGGGGCUAAGGACGGUCCUCCCACCUUCAUCCCAGCUGGUCCCAUCACGUUUGGGACCACCAUCGCCGCUCAUGUCGCCACAACACGCAAAAUACUGCUAGUAGAGGACAUCACAGGGGACGAGCGUUUCCCUGAAGGCACAGGGCAGGACUCAGACUCAGGGAUUCAUGUUCACUCUGUCCUGUGCCUCCCCAUCCUCACGGCCAUCGGUGACCUCAUAGCUAUCCUGGAGCUGCAUCGGCACAGAGGCCACGAGCCCUUCAAUAUCAGCAACCAGGAGGUUGCGACGGCGAGUUUAGCAUGGGCAUCUGUAGCUAUUCACCAAGUACAGGUGUGCAGAGGCCUAGCCAAACAGACCGAGCUCAAUGACUUCCUGCUAGAUGUGUCAAAAACGUACUUUGACAACAUUGUGGCAAUAGAUUCUCUACUUGAACACAUAAUGAUAUAUGCAAAAAACCUGGUGAAUGCGGACAGAUGUGCACUGUUCCAGGUGGACCACAAUAACAAUGAACUGUACUCAGACCUGUUCGACAUCGGGGAGGAGAACGAGGGCAAACCUGUCUUCAGGAAAACCAAAGAGAUUAGGUUUUCUAUAGAGAAAGGUAUAGCGGGCCAAGUGGCACGGACGGGGGAGGUCCUUAACAUCCCAGACGCCUAUGCAGACCCACGCUUUAAUAGAGAGGUAGACCUCUAUACGGGCUACACCACGCGGAACAUCCUAUGCAUGCCCAUCGUUUCCAGGGGGACCGUAAUAGGGGUCGUACAGAUGGUUAACAAGCUGUGUGGAAGUGCCUUCACCAAAACAGACGAGAACAACUUCAAGAUGUUCGCCGUCUUCUGUGCUCUAGCCUUGCACUGUGCCAACAUGUACCACCGGAUCAGGCACUCUGAGUGUAUCUACAGGGUAACCAUGGAGAAGUUGUCCUACCACAGUAUCUGUACUUCAGAGGAGUGGAAGACCCUCACGAAGCUGGACCUUCCUACACCCUUAUACAAAGAGAUAGAACUGUUUCAUUUUGACAUUAGUCAGUUUGAGGAGCUGUGGCCGGCUGUCUUUGUUUACAUGGUCCACAACUCAUGUGGAGAGACCAGUUUUGAGCUGGAGAAGUUGUGCAGGUUCACUAUGUCUGUGAGGAAGAAUUAUCGGCGUGUUCCCUACCACAACUGGAAACAUGCGGUGAACGUGGCUCACUGUAUGUACGCCAUACUACAGAAGACCACCGGCAUCUUCACUGAGAUAGAGAAGAAGGGUCUGCUGAUAGCCUGUCUAUGUCAUGAUCUGGACCAUCGAGGAUACAGUAACACCUACCUGCAGAAGUUUGACCAUCCUCUAGCUGCCCUGUACAGCACGUCUACAAUGGAGCAACACCACUUCUCCCAGACUGUAUCCAUCCUGCAGCUGGAAGGGCACAAUGUUUUCUCCAACCUGACUUCCAGUGAGUACGAGCAGGUGUUAGAGAUCAUCCGCAAGGCCAUCAUCGCUACAGAUCUGGCGCUCUACUUCGGCAACCGCAAACAGCUAGCUGAGCUACUGACCACGGAGGCACUGGACCUAGACAACCACCAACACAGGGACCGUGUGAUUGGUCUGAUGAUGACAGCAUGUGACCUGUGUUCCGUUACCAAGCUGUGGCCAAUCACACGACUCACGGCUAAUGACAUCUACGCUGAGUUCUGGGCCGAGGGGGAUGAGAUGAAGAAGAUAGGUAUACAGCCCAUCCCUAUGAUGGACAGAGAUAAGAAGGAAGAGGUUCCUCAGGGGCAGGUGGGGUUCUACAAUGCUGUUGCACUCCCAUGUUAUACCACCUUAUCUGAGCUCUUCCCCCCUUCCAGCCCUCUUCUACAAGCCUGCAAGGAGAACCUUGGUCAGUGGGAGAAGAUAGUAAAUGGAGAGGAGGUGGACAGUGGAGUGAGAGGAGUGUGGGCUCCGUCAGAGCCUGUUGAUCCCAGGGCAGAGCCUGUUGACCCCAGGGCAGAGCCUGUUGACCCCAGGGCAGAGCCUGUUGACCCCAGGGCAGAGCCUGUUGACCCCAGGGCAGAGCCUGUUGAUCCCAGGGCAGAGCCUGUUGAUCCCAGGGCAGAGCCUGUUGAUCCCAGGGCAGAGCCUGUUGAUCCCAGGGCAGAGCCUGUUGAUCCCAGGGUAGAGCCCAGCACUGAGGAACCAUCGAACCACGACUCAGGCCCUGUGAAGGUGGACAACUGACUGGCAGUGAAGCCACGGCUCGCCCUCACUACUUCACAAGUCAAUACGCCCUCAACACAUCCCCUGCCAUUAACAGGGACUACUUCCUGUCUGAACUGUUAGAGCCUCACUUCAUGCUGAAGGAGGGGGACACAUGCGUAGGGACUAGGGAAGGUGAUUGGUGGAUUUCACAAACAAGGGGAUUCCUUUCAGGACCACACAGUUACCUCAUUGGGUGAGGGAGGUGAGGAGUAAACCCUGACAGUGUUCAUUGCUCUGUAGACACACGGAUGGACGGCUGGAGGACAGCGGGCUCUGGUUCAUUAGGCACGAAACGGAAGCUAACGGGCCGAAACAGGGAGGAACUACCUGGACUUGUCCUUGAGGUGGGGACUCACCUGAUCAACUCCACUGCUUGGGAACCAAUUCAUACCUAUCCAAAUGGAUCCGUAUGUCUGUGGUGUUGUUUUUUUUUGGUCUGUUUUAGUUGGUUUGUUUUUAAUAGAUUUAAAUUGUGGCUGGUUUGUUUUAUGUUCCGGUCUUGUGAUUUGCAGAGGCCUUAGUCUUUACACUCUAAUCCUUUAAAAAGGUCAGGAGGUGCGAAAUCUUGACUGUUUUUUUUGUUGUUUUUUGUCAUUUCAGACUUUAUGAAUGUGUCUGAAAUGGCACCCUAAUCCACUACAUAGUGCACUACUUUUGACCGGAACAAUAUGGGCCCUGUUCAAAAGUAGUGCACUGUAUUGGUACUGUUUGUUUGCCUGCAGUGGUAGACUGACUAACUUAUCGCAAGCAGAACUACAUGGGAGGAGGUGGUUGGCUCUCAAAGAGAGACAGAAAGAAUGUUUAUUAGAAUGUCGCAACGAAUGUUAUAGAAUGUUUUCUGGCACUUUGAGCAACAAAGUGUUUUUGCAGUACUUGAAUGAAGACAUAUUGAGAAAAAACAUACAGCCCUAGUCUCUUCUAUUCAGAAACCGCGUCUUGUGUAAAGCACAGACAGACAAAGUUAGUGUGACCAACAGGGCUGAGUUCGAUCAUGUCAACAUUUAGCAAGUCGUGUCACACGAGGGUCACAAUGUUCUAUGCCGAAAUAGCACCCAACACCCAGGCAAACCUGAGUUCAAACAUUUUUUGAAAUAAUUUCAAAUACUUCAUUUGGGCUUGAUUGAGCUUGCCUGGCACAAUAAAACAAUUAGAAGAGUUGCAAGUGUAAAUCCUGCCCAUCUGGCAAUAUAUGCAGGCUAAAGCAAUUGCUAAAAGUAUUUGAAAGAUUUCCAAUAGUAUUUAAACCUACCAGAUCUGCAUCUCGCCACCCCGCUUACUUGCCACAAUCAAUCUUUUAGGUUCUAGGACCCAGAGCUUUAGGCAAUCAGUCUUUUAGGUUCUAGAACCCAGAGCUUUAGGCAAUCAGUCUUUUAGGUUCUAGAACCCAGAGCUUUAGGCAAUCAGACUUUUAGGUUCUAGAACCCAGAAUCUUGGGCAAUCAAUCUUUUAGGUUCUAGAACCCAGAAUCUUGGACAAUCAAUCUUUUAGGUUCUAGAACCCAGAGCUUUAGGCAAUAAGUCUGUUUUUGAGCUCUAGUUGUAGACUGGUCUCAGAUCUGUUUGUGCUGUCUUACCAACUAGAACAGCUCCCGAGUCAAGUCCAAUGGUACAUUGGUUCUCUGUACUGCGUUCAUAGCACACCAAGGCACAGGACAGACACGCACAUUGCUACAACGUUGAUUUAAAAUGAAUAGACAUUGAUUGAUAGCCAGAACAUUAUGUCAAGACAGCAGGCAUACGGAAUACUCUAUAGGGUUGCACAUUUUCCUUAACUUUCCCAAAAUUCCCCGGUUUUCCAGAAAUCUUGGUUGAAAGACUCUUGGAAUAAGGAGGAAAUCAAGGAAUCCGUCAACCAGGAUUUCUGGAAAACCGGGGAAUUUGGGAAAGUUACCACGAUUAAUACAGUAUCAUUUAUCAUUUGAAAACAUUGAUUUUGUGAAUAAUACUAUAUACCUCAAUUAAUCUAAUAUCGACAGUAAAUUUCCUUUGAUAUUUUUCUUACCAUUUCCAGUUGUAUUCAUAAAACGUUUGAGGUAUAUGUAUGAUAAUCGGCCCGUAGCAUUGUCACUUGCUUGUUCUAUCCAAACGGUCUCCUUGCUCCCUGUGCGCCUCUGACACAUGUACUGGAGCCCCUGAAGUGCUGGAGCAUGUCCAUGUCACAUAAACAACAAAAGCCGGUGAGUGCAUUGCUGACGUUGUUUUUUGCUUGAGACGUAAAGGUCUGCUCUCUCAGUGAUUAUAUUUUGUGCGGAUAAUCGGCCCGUAGCAUCCAAACGGUGCCGUCCCUUCCUCUCCGCUGUCUCACCGUUUCAGUUGGUGGCACAGGCACCUGCUCAGUGCGCACUGUUCUGGCUUUUUUGCAGUUAAGCCUCGGGGGUGUAGGUUCAGGAUGAGGCUUAGUCCUCGGGGGUGUAGGUUCAGGAUGAGGCUUAGUCCUCGGGGGUGUAGGUUCAGGAUGAGGCUUAGUCCUCGGAGGUGUAGGUUCAGGAUGAGGCUUAGGCCUCGGAGGUGUAGGUUCAGGAUGAGGCUUAGUCCUCGGGGUGUAGUUUCAGGAUGAGGCUUAGUCCUCGGGGUGUAGGUUCAGGAUGAGGCUUAGUCCUCGGAGGUGUAGGUUCAGGAUGAGUCUUAGGCCUCGGAGGUGUAGGUUCAGGAUGAGGCUUAGUCCUCGGGGUGUAGGUUCAGGAUGAGGCUUAGUCCUCUGGGGUGUAGGUUCAGGAUGAGGCUUAGUCCUCAAGGGUGUAGGUUCAGGAUGAGGCUUAGUCCUCGGGGGUGUAGGUUCAGGAUGAGGCUUAGUCCUCGGGGGUGUAGGUUCAGGACGAGGCUUAGUCCUCGGGGGUGUAGGUUCAGGAUGAGGCUUAGUCCUCGGAGGUGUAGGUUCAGGAUGAGUCUUAGGCCUCGGAGGUGUAGGUUCAGGAUGAGGCUUAGUCCUCGGGGGUGUAGGUUCAGGAUGAGGCUUAGUCCUCAAGGGUGUAGGUUCAGGAUGAGGCUUAGUCCUCGGGGGUGUAGUGGUCCCAUGGUGUUUAUGUUUGCAUACUAUUGUUUGUACAGAUGAACGUGGCACCUUCAGGCAUUUGGAAAUUGCUCCCAAGGAUGAACCAGACUUGUGGAGGUCUACAAUUU